GUGUGGUGUGUGUGCAGGAUGAGCAGCACGUUUGUGACGCUAGCGGAAGUGUUGGAGUGUCGAGGAGGCCCUCUUCUGGAGGACGAGGUGUGGUCCCUCCUCCUGGGCACUGCAGAGUCCCUGGUCGACGUCUCAUACAAAGGACAUAACAGUAUGUGUAGCAUCAUAAGCCCCACCUCCCUGCUGCUCUCGGCCACUGGAACACUGGCGUUUAAGAACUGCACCCUAUCAGAUGAGGCAUGCACCUUCACCGCGCCAGAGAUGCUGCAAGGCCGUGCCUCCUCAACCAAACCUGCUAUAGAGAAGAUGCUGGUGUAUUCACUUGGUAUGACUCUCUACUGGUCUGUCGAUUAUCAUCUACCUCAGAAUCAGCCGGUCCAGUUGAGUGACCACCUUAACAGCCUGCUACUGAGCAUGUGCGAGGACCUGGCCCACCGCAGGGUCAAUCUCAACAGUAUCUUGGAAUCCUGUGAGUCUCAGCACAAAGCCUCUCUCCUGCCUCCGCCCAACAGAGUCAUAGGACAACUGGUGGAGGAUGUCUUUCACAAAGCUGUGGACCAUGGCUCUGUGCCAGAGCCCUUUGCACCGCUGAGUGGGAGGAGUCAGAUGGUCAGAGAGAGGCUUCAUGGUAAGCGUGAUCGGUAUCCUGACUACAGUGAGGGCAGCGCGGCUGGAGCGGAGAGCAGACGGUACUCUAACGACUCCACCAAGUCAGAAAGUUUACUUCACAAACCCUGGAGACAGAAAGCCAGGAGCUCGCCCACCCCUGCAUACCCACCGAACAUAGACCGACUGCCACAGGGUCUCAGACACAGAGAAAGUAGUAGUAGCUGGCUGUGCCAGAGCCCCUACAUUGGCGUCCCCUCAAAGGGCGCACCCCAAUCCCCCAGCCCCUCCAUCACUUUCAGCGACUCCUCAGCCAGCCUCACCCAGAGGAAAGCCAAGGCUCUUGGUCCCGAGUUUAUCAGAAUGGCUGACGAACCCCAGGUAGUUCUGGAGCUACCCGGAUCCAUAGUGUCUAAGAAGGGCAGGUCUUGUUCGUCUCAGAGGGAGGUCAUUGUGGUGUUGCCCAGUGGUCAGUCUGUAUUGGUCAGAUGUGACAUGAAGUCCAGAGGGAGGGACGUGUUCGACAUGGUGGUGGCUCACGCUAACCUGGUGGAGCACUUCUACUUCGGACUGGCCUACAUCGACGAUGAUGAAUAUUUCUUCUUGGACCACGAGACGAAAAUCUCUAAAGUUGCUCCUGACAGUUGGAAGAAAGUAGUGUCGACCUCUUUUCUUGUUUUUCUAAGGAUCAAGUUUUUUGUUGAUGAUAUCUCCUUCAUAUUACACAGGGUGACGCUUCACCAGUACUACUUGCAGCUGCGGAAGGACAUCCUAGAGGACAGGUUGUACUGCAACGAGGAGACAGGCAUGUUCCUGGCAGCUCUCGCUCUACAGGCUGAGUUUGGGGACUACAUGUCUGAGUUGUAUGGCAGGAACUACUACCAGCUAGAGCAGUUUGUGUCUAAGAGGAUGCUGGAGAAGAUGGCUCUGCCCAAUCUAAAGGAGGAGUUGCCACGGUUACAUGCCAACAAUGCCCAGAUGCUGCCAGAGGAGGCAGAAACCGAGUACCUAAAAAUCGCCCAGCAGCUUCCAGAGUAUGGGAUGGUGUUCCAUCGGGUAGGCCGGGAGAAGAAGCCGGUGGUGGGGGAGCUGGUGCUGGGAGUCUGUGCCACAGGAAUCAUCGUCUGUGAGCUGAAGAACCACCUCCGCACUGUCACACGGCGAUUCCUCUGGAGGGAGACCGAUACCAUCUCCGCCAACCAUCGUAAGCUGACCAUAGAGUGUGGUGGUCCCAGUGGUAAGAAGCACAGCUUUGUAACAGAGAGUUCUAAGAUUGCGCAGUACCUCCUUAGUCUCUGCUCCGGGCAGCACAAGUUCCACAGCGAGAUGAGUUCCAGGCAACUCAGCCACAGCAUCGCUCAAGAUGAGAACAUUGACAAGUACCAGUCUAUUUGUCGGACCAGUGACUCCCGUAUGAAGCGUCUUUCAUUUUCUGAGGUUGUCCUGAACAGCGUAGAGUUACCAUCCAACCUCAGCCACCGCGAGUCAUUAAGUAAGUCGUGUGAUGACAUCACGGCGAAGGUGGAGGCGCGUCUAAGGCAACAGAGAGAGUUGAGGGAAAUGAGCAGAGAUCUACCCGAGCCAUGCCCACUGUCAGAGAUGAAGGAACAGCAGGCCUGGAGUACUCCAGAGCCCAUCCCCAGAAUCAUGUCCAAUCCCAUGCUACAGAAACAUGACUCCACAACCUCCUCUAUACAAGUAGACACUCCAACCAGGGGUUCUCCAGAGAGAGAGAUCAUCAGUCUGAUCCUAAGGAAAGACCCUAAACUGGGCUUUGGGUUUGUGAUAGUGGGCGAGAACAACACAGGGAAACUGGACCUGGGAAUCUUCAUAGCCUCCAUCGUACCUGACGGACCAGCAGACAGAGACGGCAGAAUCAGACCAGGUGGUCAUCUGAUUUCUCUAAAUAAGAUCAGUCUGGAGGGCGUGACGUUCACUGACGCAGCAGUCAUCCUCCAGAACAGCCCUGAUGAGGUGGAGCUCAUCGUCUCACAGCCCAAAUAUUCUCUGAGAGACAGUAAGACUUCUCUGGCCCCCAGUACCAUGAGUCUGAUGUUGGAGAGGGGCAUUGGGUGCCAGACCACCCUGAGUGGAACAGAAUUCCAACCAGCCAUGGAGGAGCUGGAAGAAGCACUGUCUCUGUCCAACCUGGCCACACCUAAACAUGGCAAGAGACUCCACAUCCCUGUGGUCCGGAUCCUGGAUGCUCAGGAGGUGUGUUCCAGGUCUCCCUCUCUCUGCAGUCUGAGAGCCAGGGAACAGCUUGUGGUGGAGCUGAAGAAGGCCAACGGCAGCCUGGGUAUAAGUGUAGCUGGUGGAAUGAACACCUGUGUUCGUUACGAGGGGAUAUACAUCAAGAGUCUGGUGCCAGGGGCCGCUGCUGAGCAGGACGGGCGCAUUCAGAUAGGUGACCGACUGCUGGAAGUUGAUGGGUCCAACCUACGAGGUGUAACACACAAACAGGCCGUGGAGUGCCUGAAGAAGACUGGAGAGGUGGUGAGUCUGCUUUUAGAGAGGGAGCCCCAGGUGGUGUUGGGGGCAGGAGCGAAUCGCCCCCGCUCAGCUUCACAGAGCCAAUCGGGAAGUCUCAGGAGAGACAGCUCCAUGGAGAUGACCUUGAGUGGCAAGACCAAGGACUACAGCUUUGUCACUGAUGACAACACUCUGGAGGUGCUGUUGAAGAAGAGCCUGUGUGGUUUGGGCUUCAGCUUCUACAUCAGUGAGUUGAACAGUGGUUGUGACCAGGGCAGCAGUGUGGUGCGGAUCAAAACCCUUUUCCAGGGUCAACCAGCCAAGGAGUCAGGACAGAUCAGAGAAGGAGACGUCAUAUUGGCUGUUAAUGGACAAUGGGUUAAAGGCCUCAGCUACCAGAGGGUGUUGUUCCUGCUCCGUGGGCCUCCGUCUGAGGUCCACCUGACUCUCUGCAGACCUGCUCUUGGAGUACUGUCUCAACUGGAUGCUGACACACUGGUUCCUUUCUUGUCUCCAACCCGUGGGGUGAGGUCCAAGUCUCUAGACAUCAGGCUAGGGGAAGAUUAUAGCCAGCUGCUCAAGCUACAGGCAUACCAGAACCGUCAGUACAACCAGGAAAACCAGGCCCAGAAGGAGCCAAUGCAGACAUCACAAGCCCAGGACCAAGCCUCCAGGCAGGCCAGACAAACAGACAAAUCCCCUGAGCCCUCUGGAGGUCCGAAGACUCAACAGAGUCAGGAUAGUCAAGACAGUGAGAUGGACGCAGCCGAGAACCAGCCUUCCUCACCCUCUCCCUCACCCCCUUCCCCCAUCUCCCUCGCCAGCAGAAGUGACACAGGAGACAGUGAAGAGUUGUCGGUUGUGGACGAGGAAGGUUCCGAAGAAAUGAGCUCGGCAUCUGUCGGGGCCAAGACCAGUACUAGUCCCGUGUACACCAGUGGCAUCAGAGAAGAGGCGGACGGCAGUUUAACAUACUGCCUUAUGGGUGAUGGAAAAACCAUUCUGGCUGAUAAAGAGUACUUGAACAUCAGUUCGACUUCGGAUAGGCCCUCUAGCCUUACCUCAAACACCUCAUGUACCCCCAGUGUGGCUCCACACACUACCUCUCAUACCUCCAGGACCAGAUCCACCCCCCCUACUAGGGUCCGAUCCACCACCCCCAAAAGUACUUCCAUCCCCCACAGCUUGUCCUCGCAAACCAGGAGCUCAACAAACCCCAAUUUGUCAUUGCAAACCACCUCUGUCCAGCAGACACCAGCUCAGCCCUCCUCUAGGCCUACAUCCAGCCUUUCCUCUAGGAUGUCUGACCUCAACAUCAGCCACUUGGUGCAUCCUCUCCAGCCCCAGCAUGCUACACCUCCUCUUCCCAGCCUCUCCUCCCAUACCUCCAAACCCAACUCCAGGAUCUCUGAUUGCAAACACAGCAUCACCUCCGAUCGUAAACACAGCAUCACCUCCGAUCGUAAACACAGCAUCACCUCCGAUCGUAAACACAGCAUCACCUUCGAUCGUAAGCACAACAUCACCUCCGAUCGUAAACACAGCAUCACAUUCAAUACUACCAAUGCCUCCAACAUCACUCGUUCAGUCAUCCAAUACAAUCCCCAGCCCCCUGACACAUUGCCCCCCUCGCAACCCCCCGCACGCCACCCCUCUCCCCAGCCUCCCUUGUCCUCACUCUCUCCCCCCAUUCAGGCUGCACCUCUCCCACACACACACCCUACCUGGAGACAGGAGACAGAAGAGGAGGACGAAGAUGAGGAUGAGAAUGAGGAGGAUCCCAGAAAAGGCAUGAUGAAGGAAUUUGAGAUGUGUGUGGUUCUGACCAAGUCGUGGAGCGGUAGCUUUGGGUUCACUAUCACACGCAGCAAACUGGAUGCCUGCUACUACAUUCAGGACAUACUGGACAACCCUGCUAAGACGGACGGACGGCUCAGACCAGGGGACAGACUAGUCACGGUCAAUGGCCAGGAUAUGACGAAUGUGACGGAUGAGGUUGCCAUGUCGAUCCUGAGGUCAUCUCCUAGGAGACUGAGUUUGAUCCUGGGGAGGGCGGUGACCAACCUGAUCGCUCCACCUUUUCCAGACAACCUGCAAGACAUCAUACUGCACAAGACACCGACUGGACAGCUUGGUAUAAAGCUGACGGGUGGUAUAGGCAGCAAAUGGCAGGGGAUCUACUGUCUGGAGGUGGUUCCUGGUUCACCUGCCUGUGAGGAAGGCAGCGUCCAACCAAACGACAGGAUCCUGUACAUCUGUGGCCGAUGCACCAUGGGAAUGACUCUGGAGGACGCUGUCAAGACCUGCGAGACUGCUCCGCGCAAAGUGAAACUUAAGGCCACCAGAGAUGACCAGCCUGUGACUCCCAAAGCCAAGAGUAAUGGUCUCAGUGACCUGAGAGUGGAAGAAGGAGGAGCAAAGGGAGUAUUUCAGUGGGACCUCUCUCUCGCUAAUAUUUGUUAUUGGUCUCUCUCCUCUCAUCUCUUUGUCUGUGUUUGUAGCCGUAGCCCGGUGCUGACAGACAGUGUGUGUGUGUGUUUGUUGACGGACAGGGCCUGUGCUGCCACUGCAGGAUUAAUUAUUACAGAGCAUCUAAACCUCCACUGGGGUAUUAGACCACACACACACACACACACACUAGUUGUUUGUUGACUGUGAGGGGGAGGUAGAGGGACAAGAGAGGGGCAGUCUGAAAGGCCAGUGUUGUCUACCUGUUCGAGAGGACACCUACGCACCAAAAUGGCCACAGAGGAGAGAGGUCAACCUAAAGCCGUGCCCGAAACCACUGGGAAAUUCAGACCACUUCUCUCUGUCACCUCCGAUCAAGACAGCUGUAUCUUGCAAAUAUAUGUGUGUAAACCAGAGAGAGGGGGUCUGGGCUUUGCUCUGAUUGGAGGAUGCAACGGAAGUGCGCUCAGAGUGAAGGAGAUAUGCGCUGGAGGCAUGGCACAGCAGGAUGGACAGCUCAGAGUGGGAGACAUACUGCUCGAGGUGAAUGGUAUAAUAGUAUCAGGUCUGAGCCACUGUAAGGUGGUGGAUAUCCUCCGUCAGACUGAGGGAAGCAUCCAACUCACAAUCUGUAGAGACAUACCAAGGGCCAACACAGCACCCUGCACUGAUGUAUCCUACUCUAUGGCCUUCCCUGGAGACAACAUGACCGUCUGUCCUGGAUCCAAUAUGGCUUCCUGUCCUGGAUCAAAUAUGGCCUCUUAUCCUGGAUUAAAUAUGGCACCUUGUCCUGGAUCAAAUAUGGCCUCCUGCCCUGAAGUCAACAUGGCUACCAGCAAUGGAUCCAACAUGGCAUCCUGCACUGGGUCAAAUGUGUCAGUCUUCAUCGAAGCCCGUAUGUCGGACAAUGCCGAGCCAUUCUCCAACCCUUCCGCAUGUUCCUCACCUGAUGUCCAGCAGGAGGACCUUCCCCCAGAGGGGACUUCAGAUCCAGUUCCUGAUGUAGAGGAGGACAUUACCCCACUUUCACCCCGACGCCUCCUAUCACCCCUCACCCCGCCUCGGGCCCUCACAGAAGAGGACAUGGCUGGACAGGAGAGCUGUAACAGUAAACCCUCUCAUCAAGCUUGCUGCCUGUCCAGCAAGAGUAUGACUAACUUGCUCCAUGAAGCCUCGGACAGGAACCAAAUCCCUGUGAUGCCAUUGGACGAAACCAUGAUGGGCAGCAAGAACAGCCAAUCAGACGGCUGGAGCAGCGAGGAUGAGGAUGAUGAGACAUUUGAAGCUAAAGGUCAGGAGACCAUGUCACCCUUCCCAGGUCCACCUAUAGUAUCAGAAGAAGAGUUGGCCAGACUAGCCAUGAUCAGUCCAGCUAAGACCAGUCAAUACGCUGGGUCCAGAGUGAAAGCCCUCAUACAGAUUCUACAACAUCAACUAGACCAGCAAGAACUGGUCCGAGAGUUCAUGGCCUUGGAGCAUCUAAAGCCGUCUGAUAACUGUCUAGUGGGGAAAGCUCCGGAGAACCGGGAGAAGAACCGCUAUCGUGACAUCCUGCCCUACGAUAAGACGCGUGUUCCAGUGGGUGAUAACCAGGACUAUAUUAACGCCAGUUAUAUCCGUAUGGAGGUUGGCAGUGAGGAGUUCAUCUAUAUCUCCUGCCAGGGUCCUCUGCCCUCCACCGUGCCCGACUUCUGGCAGAUGGUCUGGGAGAACAGGUCUGAUGUGAUAGCCAUGAUGACCCAGGAGGUGGAGAGAGGCCGGGUGAAGUGUCACUGCUACUGGCCAGAGAGGGUGAGCUGUCCCCUAGACACAGGGCGCUUCCAGCUCAGCCUGGAGAACCAGCAGAUCAAGGAAUACUUCCACAUCAAGAUCAUCCGCAUGGUGGAGAAAGAGUCUGGUGAGACCCACUUUGUCCGUCACCUGAAGUUUAUCCGUUGGCCUGACCACGGUGUGCCGCGGAGUUCAGAGCAGCUGGUCAGAUUUAUCCGCUACCUCCGAGCAGUCCACCAUAAAGGACCUGUCACUGUACACUGUAGUGCUGGGAUAGGACGAACAGGAGUACUGAUCUGCACUGAUGUCAUUCUGAGUCUCAUAGAGAACGAUCUCCCGAUCAACGUUAGUAACAUUGUGAGGGAGAUGAGACUGCAGCGAUAUGGCAUGAUUCAGACUAAGGAACAGUACCUGUUCUGCUACAAGGUAUGGUUGGAGGUUCUACAUCGCAUCCUGCAGCUGCAUGGUCAGCAUUGGGAACCAGAGAGCCCCCGCAAACUUAAUACGAGCCCUCGCAGACACAGUAACCGAUGGCAACCUGAGAGCCCCCAUGAAGAUAAUCAAUUUGUUUGACCAGUUUUCUUUUCCCCCACCCGUUAGCUGAUUUUGUUAUGAACACUGUAUAUGUAUGUGUUUUAGCCAAUUCCUCUGUUCGUUUUAUGUCAUGCCAAAACAUGACAGAUGGGACGACCAGGCUACAGUAUGUUUCUGCAUGUUUUUGAUAUUUGGGUUCUGAAUUUAUUGAUGGAGGUAGACAUUUUUACUGUUGGUUCUUUUGUGGGGGGGUUUCGAGAUGGCAGUGACUGAUUAAAAACUUAAUUGAAAUGAGAGAUACUGUGAUUGCAGUAUUGGUUUGAGUUAGAUAAAUUAUUUGACAGCCUUUAGGGGUUUAGUGACUUUGUCUUCUGUGUUAAGUUAGGAGUGUUUUGGUCAUGUGACUUUUAAAGGGUGUUACUAUUUAACUUGUUCUAUUUAAUCAUUCCACAUUUUAUUUUGAAGUUAAUGUGUAUAUUUUGCAUGUUAUAAACUAAAUACAUUGCACCACAGCACAUCACUAAUCAACGAUGUCACUGCUCAUUGCAAUGCACAGGGUGAGGUGUAUAUUAUACCAAAAUGUAUAUUAGAAUAUCUUUAAAUAUGUAGCUAAUAUAUAGAGUUAUUGAAAUAUUGUGUUUAAAUAUUGUGAAAUAAGUGCGUGUAAAUCUUGUAUGAGUUUUGUCAAUGACUGAAACCAGAAGUGAAUAGAAUCAAGUGCCUUGGAAAGACUUUGUUUCACCUUCGGAAACCUGAAAGGUUUGAUUGAACAGGACCCUGAGAACACGUGCUCUGUGUGAUUCUGUAAGGAAUCUCUGUCCGAAACUUUCACCGUUUUUGGUUCAUGUUGUGUUGUCCCACAGCUUGGAUUCACUGUAUGUGAAUUAGUGGUGAAACCAUCUUCAUUUUGCCGUCUGUCUACAACCACUGAACAAGUGCUUCAGCGUUUUGAAAUGUAAUGGGCAGUCAAAUGCACAAAAACGUAUUGGAUUUCUGAAAGCAUUUCUCAUCAUUGUACAGUAACAUCACUAUUGUAGCUGCAGUUUCAGUAGCAUGAUAGUAUACCUCACUGUAACAUACACUACCAGUACAGUGUAACCUUGGUCUGGUCACUAUGUAUUACCUCUGACUGUCAUAUAAAGCUGUUCUCAAAUACA